AUGAAGACCAAGGCCCAGGCUUUAGUAGAAAAAACAUCAUCUCUUGAGACAGUGGUUUCUGACAGUGUCCAAGAAAGCCAAUCUUCAGAAGACAAGGACUCAGUGACCUGGUCUGCAACACCCUCAGUUACAGAAUCCCAAUUUUCAACAUCACUGGUUGCAAAGGCUGAGGUCUGGGAGACCCAUGCUUUUGAAGCUCAGGCCCGGGUCAGCCAUACCAAGCAAACAUCUAUACUGGAGAUGGCAAGUCUCUCAUUCCUAAAACAGAAACAUCCAGAUGAGAAUGUGCAUGUGAUAAAGACGGAAGACAGUGAGGUCCCUCUGACCCGUUUUCUCUGGUCCAGCAAAGUUGAGUACAUCCUGGCCCAGGUGGGCUACACUGCGAGCCCAUCUAAUUUCUGGCUCUUUACUACCUUGUGGCUUCACAGCGGAAACUGCGUUUUCUUCAUUAUCUACACCUUCUUGCUGUUCUUGGUCGGGAUUCCUCUCCUCUUCCUGGAGAUGGCAGCUGGUCAGAAGAUGCAACAGAGUAGCAUGGAUAUGUGGAAGAUCAUUGGCCCUUGGUCUGGUGGUGUGGGGUAUAGCAGCUUCAUGGUGUGCUUUAUCACCAAUCUUUACUUGAAUGUGAUAAAUGCCUGGAUCUUCUUCUACAUGAGCCAAUUCUUCCAGUUUCCAGUUCCAUGGGAGAAAUGUCCAUUAAUAAAGAACUCCAGUGACUUUGAUCCUGAAUGUGCACAGACAACACCCAUCAUAUACUUCUGGUACCGAGUAACCUUGAAGGCCUCGGAUAGAAUUGAGAAUAGUGGGCCACCAGUCUUCAGUCUGAGCCUGCCCUUCCUCAUUUCCUGGUGUCUUCUUGGUGUUUUCACAAUCAAUGGGCUCAAGUCCUCUGGGAAGGUAAUGUAUAUCUUGCUACUGCUCCCCUGUCUCAUCAUCAUCUGUUUCUUCCUCCGGAGUCUACUGCUGGAAGGGGCAAAAUUUGGCCUUCAAAAUUUGGUGGCUAUUCAGAUAUCAGAUAUAUUCAACAUUCAUAUAUGGUGUUUGGCAGGGAGUCAAGUUUUGUUUACCAUGGGCCUAGGCUAUGGCCCCAUUACCUCCUUUGCCUCUCAUAUGUCACAGUCCAACGACUGUCUCAGUGAUGCCUUUGUUGUGGCUCUGGUCAACCUAGUCACCUUGUUGAUCAUCGUAUCUCUCAACUUCUCUAUCAUGGGCUUCUGGGCUACAGUCACCACACACCGCUGCUGUGAGAAGAAUGUCGAAACCCUCAUAAAGCUGAUAAAUCUGGGGAAACUGCCUCCCAAUGCCAGGCCCCCUGAAAACCUGCUUGAUAACUCAAUCUCCAUCUACAACACGUGGCUCAACAACCUUCCCCAGCGCAUCAAGAACAUGGUCCACAGUGUGGUGGCUGAGUGCAGCAUAGACAAUCAGUUUUCCAAGGUUAGGGAGGGCCCAGGCUUUGCAUUCGUGUCUUUUAUUGAAGCAGUGUCAUUCUUUCCUGUGUCUAUUUUCUGGUUUAUUAUCUUCUUCCUGCUGCUGCUGGCACUGGGGAUGAGCACCACCAUAGGGAUCAUGCAAACUAUAAUUCUCUCACUCCAGGAUACCUUCUCUUCCCUCAGGAAACACACAAAACUGCUCACAGUGGGCCUCUCUUUUCUCAUGUUCCUGUGUGGACUCUUCUUCACUCGACCUUCAGGCAUAUACUUCAUCAGUCUGCUGAUUGAAUACUGGACAGUUCUCCCCAUCAUCAUCAUCAUCAUAUUUGAAAACAUGGCGGUAGCCUGGGCCUAUGGGGCCAGGAGAUUCCUUGCAGACAUGGCAAUCCUGUUGGGCCGUCCCAUCUCCCCCAUCUAUGGUUGGCUUUGGUGCUCUCUGUGUCCAGUUGUGCUGCUAAUCCUGUUUGUGACUGUCCUGGUGCAUCUUUGUAUGAAACACAUCACCUACGUGGCCUGGGACUCAAGUACUUCAAAAGAGGUACUUCGACAAUACCCAUCAUGGGGACUGCUCUUGGUGAUCGCCCUUUUUCUCAUUGUCAUCCUCCCCAUCCCUGUAUACUUUAUAUACUGCCUCACCCAUGGGAUUCCCUUCAGAUCCAAGAAGGGGGACAGACCUAUGAUGCCUUCCAAAUUUCUAUGCCUAAGUGUCCAGAUAAUGCCCAGUAAAGAGGCCCACAAGGAAGAAAUUCUACAAGGUGAUAAAACAAAGUUGACAACCUGUCGUGUGACUUCCUAA